AUGCAUUCUUGUUUUCAUACUCAAUUCGCCUCUCUCAAGCUUCCCCAUUUCUUCGCGCCUAAGAGUUUUGUGGCGUCUUCGCGGAGAGAAUUAAGAGUGUUCGCAGUGGCAACGAGCAUGGAGGAGGCGUCAGUUAGCAUAGCAGCAGCUCCGAUUUCUCUACCUGAAGGGUCAUGGAAACAGAUAGCUGGUGGAGUUACAGCAGCUAAAGGGUUUAAAGCUGCUGGUAUGUAUGCUGGAUUACGAGCUUCAGGGAAGAAGCCUGAUCUCGCUCUUGUAACCUGUGAUGUCGAUGCUGUAGCUGCAGGUGUGUUUACUAUGAAUGUGGUCGCUGCUGCUCCUGUCGUUUACUGCAAAAAGGUUCUUGAGACUUCGAAAACGGCGCGUGCAGUGUUGAUCAAUGCCGGUCAGGCCAAUGCAGCUACUGGUGAUGCUGGUUAUCAAGAUAUGUUAGAUUGUGUUGGUUCUCUUGCGACGCUACUAAAAGUGAAUCCAGGGGAAGUGUUGAUAGAGUCAACUGGAGUUAUCGGCCAGAGGAUCAAAAAGAGAUUGAAAAGGAUGAGGAGAUGUCUGAUGAAGAGAAAUUCGAGACGAGCAGAGGCCAUUGUGGAGCUACGGGAAGGUAAGGCGGAGAUUGGAGGUGAUGAUGAUGGUGAUGUGAGCAAGAAAUGGGAGGAUUGGAUUGUGGAUUCGGAUGAUAGUUUAAUCGAGUCUUGGAGCUUGAUGAAUUGA